AUGCCAAUUCCUAUACUCGGGACGAUUCAUAUAGUAAGAAUGAAUCCUCUAACAUGGUAUAACAAAAAUAAGGAAAAGGCCGGUACAAUUUGGGAAUUUUAUAUUGGUUCCCAACGAAACAUAGUUAUUAAUCAUGUAAAACAUGCUGAGAAACUUUGUAAACCAAAUAAAAGCCUCUUUAAACGACUUCCCUUUCCGACAUUUGAAAGAAUAGGACUUAACAAUGGAUUAUUUUUUGAUAAUAAUUAUGAUGCAUGGAAUCGAAGGAGAAGAUUAAUAGCCCGUACAUUAAUGUCAACGAAAUUCUUACGAGGUUUCGUCCUUUGUAUUCAAACCCAUUUCAAAGCAUCUGAAGAAAGAUGGAAAGCGAAAAUAAAAGAUGGAAUUGAAUUUGAUUUUAGGGAAUGGAUAAAAUAUUUCACAACUGAUCUUCAUACCCUUCAAAUCACAUAA